AUGAUGGCAGCUUCAUCUCACCCCGUCGUCCCCGAAAACAUCCCUCAGCAGACCCUGAUCAACGAAAGCGGUCGACCGCCGGGUCCCGAUCCAGGCUCAACAACCACCAGCAGAGGCACAACACAAACACAACGACCUCUCGACCCUCGCAACAACAUCGAAGACUACAACCGUGUCAUGCUGCAGUACACCCAGCGCCGGAUGUCCACUUUCUGCGACAUGAAUGACGGCCAUGGUUCUCCCAGCGGCAGCAGCAACUCCAGCAGCUCCAGCAGCCGGAGCAGUGACGCAAGUUCUUCGCUCAGCGGUGACACUGCCGUUUCCAAUCCGCAAAAGGAGGCCGUGGAUCGUCUGCAGUUCUAG